AGCUGAACCAGAGACGGAAUCUUUGGCUGAACCUGCUUGGGCUAUCAUAACGUUACCCUCAAGUUAGCUCCUUCACAUGUUAUGGGAUAAGGACCAUGGAGACACCACCAGAACAAACUAGCAAAGAAGUUGAUAUAUAUCGCGACACAUGGGUCCGCUUUCUGGGCUAUGCCAAUGAGGUGGGGGAGGCCUUCCGUGCCCUGGUGCCUGUGAGUGUGGUGUGGGCCAGCUAUGCUGUGGCCACGGCAUACGUCUCCGCUGAUGCUAUGGACAAGGGCAAAAAGGCUGCUGUGGCGCAUGGGGAUAACCCUGGGAAGACGACACGGGUGGGCGUAGCCGUGGUGGACACCUUCAUCUGGCAGGCCCUGGCAUCCGUGGCCAUCCCCGGCUUCACCAUUAACCGCGUGUGCGCCGCCUCUCUCUACCUGCUGGGCCGGGGCACGCGCUGGCCUUUGCCCGUGCGCAAGUGGACCACCACUGCCAUCGGGCUCUCCACCAUCCCCUUCAUCAUCAAACCCAUCGACAGAUCCGUUGACUUUCUGCUGGACUCUAGCCUCCGUAAGGUGUAUGGUGGCGGGGAGAAGCACGAGUAAACUCUGUCUGAGCCACAGCCAUUCACCCCUUACUCCCUGAACCGUGCCCUGGCCUCUGACAGGGCUUUCUCUUGAUAACGCCUUCAAGUCGAGGAAACCUCACUGUGAAGCACAAAGCCAUGCACCCCCUCCUCCCUCCUCAGCCUUUUGUCCCAGCUUGUACUAAACGGGCCUUAAAGUCUCCUCAUCAAGGUGUGAGAUCAUAUGUUAUCAUAAGUUAAAUGUGGUUUCAGUGAAUUAGUUUGUAGUAAACACAUUGAAUGUCUGUCAGAGAAUCAGCAUGUUAGUCUGCUGAUUUGGGAGCCAUCCGUUAUAUAUUUGUCUUUAGUGUUUUAAUCAAUAUAUGAAUGUUUGUAGGUUUUAAAAAACGGUUAUACCUUUCUGUUGGUUGGGAUGCACACCAACCAAAGGUAGGAAUACUGUAACUGCAGUUAUCAUUAACCUCAGGUAUCUGGGAGAUACAAUACUGGGUGUCAAGGAGAGUCAGGACUCCAAAUAUAUGUUGACGUGGAACCAUUGCCCAUGUACUAUAGUUUGUAUAAUGCACAGAGCAUUUUAGACUGUAUUUAAACCACUGACCCUUGUACAUUAUGUCCUCAUCAGAUGAUGCCAGUCAGUAGCAGCUAUGCAGUUGCCCUGGGGGCAGUAAUACUUCAUUUUCAUUCAGUAGACCAUCCCAUUACCAUGUUACAGUUAAAUAUUACUGUCUAAGGGAAUAGAUUUGUCAGACAUGUUCUUCUGUAGUUCUGAAGAAAGCUUUAGUAACCUCAAAGGAGCAUUGUUAUCAAAUGAUGCUAGAUAGUACUCUAGGAACAGUAAGCCAAAAUCUGAAUAAUGAACACCAAAUAUAAAAACAUGGACAUAUUGCGGUUAGAUUGACACUGUUGACUGCUGGGAAAGUUCAGCAAGACUUUCUGGCAUUUUAAGCACACAGACAUUUCCAAAGUAACACAAAUCAUUCAUACAUGACUGUGCUAGCAAUGUGAAGGUCAUAGGCUAAAUUUCUUAGGUUGUGCUGAACUGAAUUCAUAUGUUGGGUUUUUGGCUUACGUGUCAUUGAGGUGCUUUAGAACUUCAUUUACCAACAUGUAUCAUCUUUUAUUACGUUAUUACGAUUUGGGUUUUAUAAAUGAAAAAAUCCUGUAAAUUAUAUUGCUUGGCAGAUAUUGGGGCUCAGAGGGAUUAUUAUUUUGGAUUUACCAAUGGAUCUUAAAAUGUUUUCAGAGAAGGUCUGUAAUCAGAUGAUGUGUGUGGAAGCAGAAUAAGUCGGACUGCACACAUCUGACAAAACAAGUAAAGGACCUAGUGAGUAAUUUGGAAGCACUUGAUGCAUGAAGGGAAAGUAAGCAUCUUUGGUAAUUCUAUAAAACAUUUCAAUGACGCACCCCUUUCCAGGGGUCCAUAUUAUAUUUGUGUGCUAUGCAAGGUGUACCAAAGCUGUACAAAACUGAUGUGCUGAAAACAGAUAAAGGAAUUAUUCUAUUUAUUCUGAGCACUAAGGUGAUAUGAUUUAUAUAUUGAAAGACAACCUUAAAGAAGGAUAUUGUUAAAAAAAAAAAACAGAGAGCAAUAAUAUUAGAAGUAAGUAACGGUUGACAUUUAGAUCCAUGUCCUUAUUAUAAAUGUAACACAUACCUUGGUUUCAGGGUUGUCAUGUUUUCUGAUGUUUGCAUUUCAUUUUUCUAUUGUAAGCAAGUGAGUGAAGGGAUUAAAAAACGUUGUUUACAUUUGUUUUAUUACCAGUAUAUUCAGUCUUGGAGUGGUUGUUAAAGUUUGAAAAAUAUUUCAUUUACUAAGGUGCUUUGGGAAUUCAAACCAGAUAAGCAUUUGGCCUUUUCAGCUGGCUCAUGGCCUCAUGACCUCAUUUAUGUUUGGGAACUUAAACUGUACAUGUUGUAAAAUAAUAUACUGUAACAAAUAUCUUCAAAUACAGCACCAAACUGUGUUACAAUAAACAAUGUGAAAAAAUGUGUUAAAAAUGAUAAAACUGUAUACAAAACGUUACAGCUUUUUAUCAAUGCAAGGUUUUAUUUUUCCACCUGUAACAUGUCAUGUACCAUUAAAUAAAUACAUUUCUAAACUGGCCUGUAA